AUGCGAUUGGAUAGCGGCAAGCAAAGUGGAGAUUUUCUAGCACCUAUUGAUCUCGUUUUUGUUGUUAUUGUUGUUAUUGAUGUUGCUGUUGUCGUUGUUGUUGUUGUUGUUGGUGGUAAUGGUGAUGGUGGUGGUGGUGGUGGUGGUGACGGCGAUGAUGAUGACGAUGGUGAUGUUGAAGAGUCUUCUGAACAACUAUUGGCAUAUAGUGAUGACUGGCCUAGUGUUGUUUUUCGAUCACCUAUUACGCUCAAUUGCCGUUGUUGGCACAGCUUUUUUGUGGUGCCAGCCAACUAA